GCCCAGUCAGGCUCGUGCCGCCGAAGGAGUCGUUUGUGUAUAGCUCCCGUUUCGCAUCUGUAACCGUUACUCGCAACACUAGCAGGAGUCUUGACUGCAACGGCACCACUAGUAACCCUACUGUUGUUGAUCUUGGCAUGGCCUUCGUGUACCUGCGGUCGCCGCUGUCCUUAACACCGUGGUGUUUAGUGAUACUCAGCCUAUUUGCGGCCACGUUGGUGCCAGGAGGUGCUGCGACCGGCAGUCUGCUCGCCCUCGAUGACAGUGCGUGCACACUGCGGCAGUUCCAGUGCGCCAACGGCCACUGCAUCCCACUGACGUGGAUGUGUGAGGGCGAAGACGACUGCGGCGACAAUUCGGACGAAACCAACGCCGUCUGCAGAGAAACCAGAGAGUGCACCGAGCAGGAGUUCCGCUGUAACAACGGCCGCUGCAUUCCCUCGCACUGGCAGUGCGACAACGAGAAAGACUGCGCAGACGGCAGCGACGAGAUCCCGCAAGUGUGUCAACAAAAAAAGUGCGCCUCGGACGAGUUCACCUGCCGAACGGCGCCCGGGGAGUGCGUGCCGCUCGCAUGGAUGUGCGACGACAACCCGGACUGCUCUGACGGUUCCGACGAGAAGGCGUGCAAUGAAACUUGUCGAUCAGAUGAGUUCACAUGUGGAAACUCAAAGUGCAUUCAACAACGAUGGGUCUGUGAUAGAGAUGACGAUUGUGGAGACGGAUCAGAUGAAAAGGACUGUCCAAAAACAACCUGCGCUCCAGAGACAGAAUUCAAUUGCUCUGAUAACAACAUGUGUAUUACCGCCAGGUGGCAGUGUGAUGGUGAUCUUGACUGCCAAGACGGCUCCGAUGAACAGGGUUGCACAUCAACUGGCCCCAUCUCACACUGCUUACCCCGUGAAUUUGAGUGCCUUGAUCGAAUGACCUGUAUCCAUCAGUCUUGGGUGUGUGAUGGAGACAGAGACUGCCCAGAUGGCAGCGAUGAGGAUGUGUCACGUUGUCAUAACAUGACGUGCAGGCCAGAUCAAUUUCAGUGCCGCAAUCGUAUCUGCAUCCCAGGACAUUUGCACUGUUCAGGUCAUGCCGAGUGCAGCGAUGGAAGUGAUGAGGAGAACUGCACAUCACCUGUGCCAAAGUGUGAUCCAAAGACAGAGUUUGAAUGUGGAGGCGGUAUGUGCAUACCUUUAUCCUCGGUGUGUGAUAAGAAGCCCGACUGUCCGAACUGGGAAGAUGAACCACAAGAAAAAUGUGGCAAGAAUGAAUGUGCUGUAAAUAAUGGUGGCUGCUCACAGAAGUGUGUUGAUACGCCUGCUGGUUACUACUGUGACUGUCUUCCAGGGUUCAAGCUUGUUGAUAAUCAUACUUGUGAUGAUGUAAAUGAAUGUGAGAUACCAGGGGCAUGUUCACAAGAAUGUAUAAACGAGAAAGGAACUUUCAAAUGUCAGUGCGUUGAGGGUUAUUUAAGAGAUCCAAGAGAUCCAACAAGAUGUAAAGCGAUGGAAGGUCAUGCAUCACUGUUGUUUGCUCGUCGCCAUGAUAUUAGGAAAAUAUCAUUGGACCAUCACGAGAUGACAGCAAUUGUUAAUGACACAAAAAGUGCCACGGCACUGGAUUUUGUGUUCCGGACAGGGAUGAUAUUCUGGAGUGAUGUAAGCGACCAAAAGAUUUACAAGGCACCUAUUGAUGAAGGAAGUGAGCGGACUGUCGUAAUAAAAGAUCAGUUAACAACAUCUGACGGUCUGGCAGUGGAUUGGAUUUACAAUCACAUUUAUUGGACUGACACUGGGAAAAAUACUAUAGAGUUGGCAAAUUUUGAAGGAAAUAUGCGUAAAAUUCUAAUAAAAGAUGAGCUGGAGGAGCCUAGAGCUAUCGCUGUAAAUCCCUUGGAUGGGUGGAUGUACUGGACUGACUGGGGUACAAACCCAAAGAUUGAAAGGGCGGGCAUGGAUGGUGCUCACCGCCAGACAAUAGUCUCUUAUGAAGUGAAAUGGCCCAACGGCUUAACCCUUGACCUUGUAAAGAAAAGAGUAUACUGGGUAGAUGCCAAGCUAAAUGUUAUAUCUUCUUGCAACUAUGAUGGAAGUGGUCGGAGAGUUAUUUUGUACUCACCGGAGCAUCUUCAGCACCCAUUCUCAGUGACAACAUUUGAGGACUGGGUGUACUGGACUGACUGGGACAAGCAGGCAGUUUACAAGGCAAAUAAAUUCACUGGGAAAGAUGUUUCUGCAAUUACAGCAACACACAUGCUCCAAAAUCCAAUGGUAAUCCAUGUGUAUCACCCAUAUCGGCAACCCGAUGGUGAAAAUCAUUGCCAAGCAGUUAAUGGCCACUGCUCUCAUCUUUGCCUGCCGGCAGCUCAGAUAAAUGCACAUUCACCAAAAAUUUCUUGUGCAUGUCCUGACGGCCUGCAGUUAAUGCAGGAUGGUUUGAUGUGUGCUGAGGCUGCUACAACUACUAGCACUACUACUACUGAAGAACCAGACUGGGAUUACCGUGAUACUUUGGGUUCAAGUCAGUUUCAAAACACUCAAACUACAUUAACCCAUUCACAUACCCAGACAAGUCCAAAUGAGAGCACCACUAAAUUAGUAGCUGGACCUGAUGCAUUUCCCAUUGAGGAUACGGACAGUGGAAUGGUUGCAGGAAUAGUAAUUGGAGUUGUGACUGUUAUACUAAUAUUGGCAGCUAUAGUGGCUCUGGUAGUUUACCGGCAUUAUCUUCACAGAAAUGUGACCAGUAUGAACUUCGACAAUCCAGUAUACAGGAAAACUACUGAAGAUCAGUUCUCAUUGGAAAAAAAUCAAUAUCAGCCACAAAGGAUCUACCCUGCAACAGUGGGUGAAGAGGCUCAUGAGCCCCUGACUAGUCCUGGGACAAAUGAUUAUGUAUAACUGUGCUUUGAAGUUAGUUCAGUAACGGACUACUAUCCAGGCAUGUUCUCCUGCCAUUGUGGACAAGUGUGUUGAAUGGUGCAUGGUGGUGUCAAGGCUAGAAAUAAAGUUGUUGGGAUUGCAGCAGCAUUGUCUGUGGUUGGCAGGAUUAAGUUAAGCAACUGUGCAUUCUGAAAUGAAUGUGGCACACCAUGUGCAAGCAAGUGAUAGCUCGCAUUUCUAGAAUUUUUUAGUUGAGCAAGAGGAUUUGAGUGGAUUGUGAAUAAUGGGACAGUGCCAAAUUUCUGUGAUCUGUUUACUAUAAAGCAUGUAGUGUGAAUAAGUGUAUAUACAGGAAGAUGGAAACUUUUAGAGGUGCAUACUGGACAUGAACAUAAAAUGUAUGUUGUAUCCAAAACUAAUUAUUUUCAGGCUACCUUUUUUUCUUUUUUUUGUUACUGUGUGUAUCAUCUAAGUAUCCAUUUUCCAGACUCCUGUAAAUAUUUAAUUUUAUUAUCAGCCUGUAUAUUUUGAAAUGUGUAUAAAUCAUAUUCCUGUGUAAAUACUUUCAUACUGUGUAAAUGGUGUAGAAAUCUUUCAUUACAGAAAGUGUCACAUUCGGUUUCGAUAAUAGUGUGAGAGAAUGUGUGAGAAUGUCUUUAAACUAAGCUGUAUUUACGUACUGCAUGGAUGACUGAUGUAUUUAAUUGCCUGUAAAGGAUUUGUACAAAAAUAUAACUUUGUCAUUAAGAAAUGAGAACGAAAAUAUUUUAAAAAGAGCUAUUUAAAUGUUUUGUAAAUACAGUGAUCAUAAUUUCAGAUUUGUGUCCUGCAAUUAAUUCUAUUGAGCAAAUGGAGGUAAGCAUUUAUAAAAACAUCAGUUCUAUGUAGAAUAAAUGUGAAAUUCUGCCAAAGUUUUAAAAAAUUCUGUGUUAAGUUUAUUUGUUAAAAAGUUUACAACAUUCUUUGUUCCUUUGUUUCUUAUAUUAUUACAGUGAGAUUGAAAAUGAGAGAACAGUGUAUUUCAUAUUAGAUCUGUCUCUUUAAACAGGCACAUGUUCUAUACAUCUACUAUGAAGUAUGAUGGUUAUUAAGUACAAAAUAUAAUCAUAAUCGAUAACAAAAUUUUAAUGUUAUCCAUUUUGCUAUUGGGAGUAUCUAAAGUGCCAAAGUUACCAUUCCUUUUAAAGAUAUUCUUUGAAAUAUUAUAACAAGAAAUAAAUCUGGUAUGAUUUGUGUAAUGAUGAGCUUUAAUAUGAGUUAUCAGUGGGAAAUGGACUCAAAGCCUUUUAGUAAGGAUUUAGUGUCUUGAUAAUUAUAUUGUAUUAAUGAAGUGCUUUGAUAGCGUUGUGAUUACUGUAAUUCCUAAGUCUUCGGAUAUUAAGCAAAUGUAAGAUUUGCAUGUUUGUUGCUCAUUAUUGUAUUACCAUCACAUAGUUUUAUCAUUUCGUUCCCUCAGUGUGUGUACAAUUGUAAAUAUAUAAUGAAAAAUGUGAACAUCUUUUUAAAUUGGCAA